AGCAUUCGUACCCCAGCAGCCCCGCAGCCCCACAGCAUGUUCGACCCGCGCCUGAUCUCCCCUGACUCGCCCGUUGACUCCGCCAUGUUCCCGCCCGUGUACAACCGCUCGACGUCCUCGUCCUCCACAGCCUCCAUGUCGUCCUGCCCCGACCUCCAGCAGCCUGCCGGUGCCGACAUGCCGGCCAAGCCGGCACCGACCGCCGGCGUCUUCGGCAUUAAGCAGGAGCCCACCACUUCUUCCUUCCGCGGCGAGCUCGAGCCCUUCGAGUUCCGGCCCAACCCGACCUCGAACCCGACGCCCCGGACGCAGGCCGGCACGUCGCUCAGUUCGGUGUUCGGGGACCAAGACCUCAUCGACGCCAUCAUGUGCAGCCUCAACACGGAGCAGGCCGCCGCCGCCGGCAGCGCCCGGCAUGCCGGCAACCUCAACGUGACCAUCCCCGUGCUCAGCCCCAUGGCCUUCUCGAUGCCGCAGCGCAUCCAGCAUGUUCAGGUCCCGCAGCCGACGUCGUUCACCGCGCUCAUGCAGCAGCGGCCGCACACCAUUCCGCUGAUCGGCGCCACCGGCCGGCCGGCCAUGAACGGCCCGUGCCUGCGGAAGCCCGGCACCUUCCUCAACAAGGACGGCCGCUGGAUCAAGGGCAAGCCCUGCCGCAUGGAAGGCUGCGAUAAGCGCGCGCAGUCCAACGGGCUCUGCAAGGGCCACGGCGGCGGCGCGCGCUGCAGCUUCACCGGCUGCAGCAAGUCCUCGCAGGGCGGCGGCUUCUGUCGCGCCCACGGCGGCGGCAAGCGGUGUAUGCACGAAGGGUGCGAGAAGGGCACGCAGCGCAACGGCUUCUGCUACCUGCACGGCGGCGUGCGGUCCUGCAGCGUCGAAGGCUGCGACAAGAAGGACCGGGGCAACGGCAAGUGCUUCUCGCACGGCGGCGGCCGCAAGUGUCAAGCGCACAUGUGCUUCAACACGAUCCGGCGGGGCGCCUUCUGCGACCUACACAACGGCAAGCUCGUUAAGUGA